UGUCCAAGAGAGACUUGCAAAAAACAAGGCCUGCACGUCUCUCUGGGAAGGAAGGGGCCCGAGCAGUGACAAUAGACUAGGGGCGCUGACUCAGACAGCCAGUUCCUGCUCAUUUCCCCUUGCCACAGGACAGCAGCUGAGUGGGAGGUCAGUCCUCCAUGGGACUCUGACUCCGGCCUUUGGCUGAGAACCUCACCUAGAGAAAGACAAGACUAACUCACAGACAGCUGCCCUCACCAGUCCACUGUGACAGGACCAACUGGACCAGUGUGGCUGUGGGCAGGUGGUAGGGGCAUCAGGGUGUGGGAGAGUGAGAGAGAGAGAGAUCGGAAACUCACUUUUGAACUCUACAUCACUUUCCCUGGGCUGGGCAAUCCAGGAACAACUUUACUGGCAAUGGAGCAUGUGACCAAUGGGGCCAAACUGACCUGGCCAGGGUGCUGGGAAACGGGUUCAGGAAGAGCCCCUGGGUAUCAUUGAGGAGCCUGGGGAAGGGGUUCAGGACAGGGUGGAGCUCCUUGUCUCCCUGCCCCUGUGUGGCCCCACCACUGGGGAUUUGCUGGCUGUGGAGCAGUGGUCGUCCACACUGCUAGGAUGGAGAGAGCCGAGUCUAUCACCCUCUUCUGGAACCGGGGAGCUGCAGCUAACUCGAGUCGGGAAAAUGCGACAGCGACUGCCCACUCGAGGUCGUCAUGGCGACAGCCAGUGAACGUGUUCCUCUCCUCGGGCAGGCGUCCGAGUGUAGAGGAGCUGCUUCGCGAGGCGCAGCUCAAUCUCCAGAGCCUGUUGCAAGAAGAAUAUGAGGAACAGUACUCGGAGGCCAGACAUCUGGGGCAGACCUUCCGCUCUGCUGAUGAGGCCCCUGAGUCCAGUCCCAGCCCAAGACCCCAGUCUGCCAGGCAUCUGGAGUUUGUAUUGAUGCCUACAAAACGGCAGCUGAGUGAGGAGGAGACUACCACCCAGGACGUGAGGGCCCCUGAGACCCCCCUGAGCCUGCUAACCGCAGCCGACAAGCAAGCUGCCUGGAAUAGCCCCUACCCUCUGCCUAUCCUAGAGGAGAAGUGGUGGCUUCAGGCUUGCUCCACGCACUCUGACCUUGUGCCCAUCAACAUCUCUGGGCAGCAGUUUGAUAAACACGCAAGUUUGCGACAUUCGUUGUUUAACACAGAGACAGCCGUGAACCCCAAGUCCACCCUGAGGCGGAGGAGGACCAUUAUUGGAUUCUCUAACUUUUCCCAGCGAGACCAAGGUCACAGCAACAGCCCAGCAGGCAGUGUAGUCCACUCGGCCACCUCAGACAUCAGGCUCUGUCAUUCGGUGCCAGAAGGUGUUCAUGGAAGAGUUGCAGUUGGCCAGGAAACUCGGUUCCCAAAUCUCACCUCACCAGUCCUGAGAAAUCCUUCUAGUGAUCCAGAAGAACCUCUCCAGGUGUGUGGUGGCACAAACCCUCCUGGCAUGGCGAACAUGAGAAUAGUGUACAGUGUCUCCAGUUCUUGCAAUGGACCAGCAGAAUCAAUGUUCUCUGCUUCCUGGAAGGGAGAUGCUUUUACCUACGUGACUCCAAGUGCCACCAGUCAGAGCAAUCAAGUCCAUGAAAAUGGCAAAAAUCCUUCCUCUGGUAAUUCUUGGCUCUCUCUGCACACACUGCCACCUCUGGCUCCCAAGGAGGCUGCUACCCUCUUCGUCACACGUGAUAGCCCAGCAGGAUGCAGUGGGUCAGCUAGCUACUCUGGGCACUCUGCUCAACAAAGGCAAGUUGCGGAACAAGCUUCCAAGACUGGCCUUCUGACUCGGGGUAACUCGAGGCUGGAGACAGGCCCAGGUGCAGCCAGCAGGUUUCGAGAGCGGUCACUGUCUGUGCCCACAGACUCAGGCACCUUGGAUGUGGACUAUGAUGAAGAGCAGAAGGCCAGUGAAGCCUGUGCCCUGCCUUAUGGCAGUACAAGCUCUGAGGGCUGUCACAGUGCUGACAACAUUGCCUCCCUUUGUGUCCCACAGGAGGCCCAGCACAGAAGGCAGAGGUCCAAGAGUAUCUCACUCAAGAAGGCCAAAAAGAAGCCUUCCCCACCAAUGCGCAGUGUCUCACUGGUCAAGGAUGAGCCAGUCCUCUUGCCAAAAGGUGGGUCCACACUCCCCAAGGACCAGAGGCCCAGGAGUCUUUGCCUCUCCUUGGAACACCAAGGACAUCACUUAUCCCACCCAGAUGCUCAGAAUCAUCCAACCGUGCCAAUGUCCAAAGAUUCAGAAGAUAUACAAUUCUCCCAUCACUGGUAUCUUCCUGACUGGAAGUCUGGUGACACCUACCAGUCCUUGUCCAGCUCCAGCACUGCCACAGGCACCACAGUCAUUGAGUGCACUCCAGUUCAGGGAAGCUCUGAGUCCCUUGCCUCCCCUUCUGCCUCCCGAGCCACCACACCUUCCCAACUUUCCAUGGAGGUGGAGGCCAGGGAAGUGUCCUCCCCAGGAAGGCCCACUGGACUGAUGUCACCCUCCAGUGGAUACUCCAGCCAAUCAGAGACACCAACACCCACUGUCUCCAUGUUUUUGACCCUGGGCCACUUGCCCCCUUCAAGCAGCAGUGUCCGGGUGCGUCCAGCGGUACCUGAGAGGAAGUCAUCACUGCCUCCAACAUCACCAAUGGAAAAAAUGUCCAAGUCACGUCUGUCGUUUGACCUACCAUUGACCUCUUCAACCAACUUGGAUCUGUCUGGGAUAAGCAUCUCCAUGCAAAGCAAAACCAAGGUGAGCCGGCAUCACUCAGAUGCAAAUGUUGGGGCCAAGCUGGCCCAGAAAACAAGCCCCAACCAGCCAAUCAUGCCCAUGGUUACUCAGUCUGACCUACGUUCUGUUCGCCUGAGGUCAGUCAGCAAGUCUGAGCCAGAAGAUGACAUCGAGACCCCUGACUACACCGACGAAUCAGGAGCAGAAGUCUUCACCUUGCCAGAGAGAAAAGUGAAACCUCCCAUAGCUGAGAAGCCUCCACUGGCCCGAAGACCUCCAAGCUUGGUCCAUAAGCCACCAUCUGUCCCAGAGGAGUACCCACUAACUUCGCCUACCUUGGUUAUGACCCCCAAGAGCUCAACUCAACACAUGAGGUCACUCCCUCAAGACAUCUACACGGUGUGGAAACCAAAGUCCUCCAGCUUCCCUGAGGGCAGGAGCCCAGGGGAGUCGCCAGCACCCUCAUCUCUUGUUUUCACGCCUUUUCCCAGUUCUUCUGGUGCUUUCUUCUCAGGAACACAGCAGUCUCCACAGGGAACUAUGGAGGAGGAGGGCCCCAAGGUGAGAGCCCUGCCUGAAAGAAUUAGCCUCCAGAGCCAAGUAAAAGCUGAGAAAAAGAAAGGCAAGAUUCCACCUCCGGUACCAAAAAAGCCCAGCGUGCUGUACCUACCUCUCACCUCACCCACAGCUCAAAUGGAGGCCUAUGUGGCCGAACCAAGGCUGCCUUUCAGCCCCAUCAUCACCGUGGAGGAAGACACCAAGUGUCCCCUAGCUGGCGACCACUUGCGAUCAUCUGGUACGAGGAUGACUUCAAUGCUGCAUGCUGAUGGUGAAAGGAAGGCAAGCCCUCUGGAGAGUUCCAUGGAACCAAGCCCUGAAGAGAAAACCAUCAUCAGUGAUAAAACAGCUGAAUGGGUUGCAGAAGAAGAUGAUGAUGUGUUUGUAGCUUCACGCACAACUGAAGAUUUAUUUACUGUGAUACACAGGUCCAAAAGAAAGCUGCUUGGCUGGAAGGAGCCUGGUGAGGCCUUUGCUGGUGGCAGCAGAACAAGCUCCCACUCACCAAUAAAGAACACGGCUGAUUCUCCAGUCAGUGAGUCAGCUGCCUCUGCAGGGUCAGGUGGCAGUGCCAACCUAGAUGCUGGCAGAAAUGAUGAUUUCAAGGCCUUGCUACAGAAGAAGGGAAGCAAGGCAACCCCAAGGUCCCGCCCCUCAGCAGCCGAACUGCUGAAGACCACUAACCCACUGGCUCGGAGAAUUAUUGCACAAUUUUCAAAAGACUGUGAAAGCACUGGUAACCCCAGUCCCUAAGCCCUGACUUCAGCAAGCAGGGUUUGGCUACUAAACUUGAAUAGAGAAGGGGGCAGAGUAAGGUUUUUAAAAAGGAACCACUGAAAUAACAGAAGAGUCUUCAUUUCUUUUAUAUUAACUCACACUCUGGAGAGCAGGAGAGAGGCCACUUCCUCUAGAACUACAAUCAGGCACUUUAAUCAUCUUCAGACAUUUUACGUUUUCAUACCUACAAUCUUGCCAUUCCUGACUACUGAUUUUCUCUUUAUUUUCCCCCAGUGGUGUGUACUGAGAAGAAAUGCUUAGACGCAAGGGCACGUGUGCCAUCUUUGCAAUCAAUGACCAGGCUGCUCCAUGCUGGCUUCUCUCACUGAGGGGCACAGUGUGAUAGCAGACGGGGGGCUUCCAAACCUGGGAGGUGUAGAGUGCGGUUGCUCAUGGCUCAUGAUUCACUUCCCUGGUGAGGUCUCCAUGGCCCUGUGUGGAGAAACAGAAAGACUCUAAUGCCUCCCCAACCACAGUUCACCUCUCGCCUCUGAGAGGUUUGUAGGUGUGCAGUUAUUUCAGCAUGGGGUUGAUUGGAUAGUUUUUGUCGUGUAAAAUAUGAAUGUCCUGAACUUCAUUGCCUUUUUUUGGUUUGAUUGUCUAUACGGAGACCAGGGUGAUGAGUUUCAAUAAACAUAUGGACCCCAUCAACCCAUCCCUUAGCUAGAAAAGGUCAGGACUGGACUCCUUUGGAUGAACCAAGCACAGCCAACAAAGGAGGCAGCCAUUUGCUCACUCAAGUUUAUCCAGAGUAACCUGCACGUGCGCCUUGAGGUCCUUCAAGUGUCUGUCACUGAUGAUACUAGGAUCUGUGCCCAGGUAAUGCUGCAUUCUAAGAACUCUGGUUCUUUUGCAUACAACGUUCAUUGCAGGAUGUAAUUAUCUGAAGGAACAGCACCAUUAAAGGCUCAAGGAGGAGAGAGAGUACGUGUAACUUGCCCCCACCAUUGAGUUCAGAUUGUAGUUUGUGGUUGUUUGGUUUCGUUCAAAGGAGGUCUUACUCUGUUCUAGAGUAACAAGAAUGUACAGACUCAAAGGAUAUACCCAGAAUACAAAAGGCAGCCUUGCCAAGUUGCUGUGGCCCACAUAACACACAUAAAAAGGGCUACUUUUUGCCACUUAGGUUCUAUUGUUUGAUCAACUGUCAAUUAACCAUGCUGGGGGAGAGUGUAAUCACUGGGAAAUGGGACACCAAGAGAGCCCCAAACAAAUGGGAAACUGCGAUCUGCCCCUCAUAAAGCUUGCAAGCACUAUUUUUGCCAGUUCAGUUUUCUAAGCAGUGCAAGAGCAGUGAUUCAUUUGAUUUUUAUGGUUUCCAGAAGGUUGGGGAAAAAAAACAGACAAGGCAUUGAACAAGAAAACUGGUAAUCAAUAAUGGAGGGCUAAUUGUUCACCUUUCCCAAGAGGAAAAAAGAAAAGUCAAAAGAAAUUGUAGCCUGCUUCACAAAGAGGGUUCCCUGACCCCUUCCUCCUUCACCUCCCACGCAACAGAUUCCUUGGUCAACCUCCUCAAGGACACAGAAAACUGCCCUGGAGACAAGCAGAUCUUGAUUUUGAUAGGUGGUGUUCACUAAUGAGAAGUAAGCUCUUAGCUCAGCCAAUAGAGCCGCUCAAAAACCACUCUGAGUUCUGAGAGGACUUGGACCUCUCAUGUAGAAGCCCAGGCCUAGGCCCUUGGUUUGUACAGUUCUGAAUUCUAGACUUCUGAGUACAGGCCAGGCCCACCAACUCCCUUGCAAUCAGCUCUUCCCCCUGAUAUAGGGAGAAGCCACUUCAAAUAAUAAACAGCAAAAGCCCAGUUGCUUUUGAAAGCAUUAGAAUUAUUUGGUUUCAAGGUCCUGACCAAAUUUCAGGGGGUUGCCCAAAGUAAAAUAGAUUCAUUCCCGGCCUGAAUUUAUGUAUGAAUGCCACACUUGUCUGCCCCAGACUCAGAAUUCCAAAAGAUGGAAACGUUUUCCUUUAUAGGGAAAUGAAGGCGUUUUUGUACUUUUGCCCAACAAAAUGACUUAUGAAAAUCAAGAUCCACUUGUCUCUGAGGCAAGUUUCUGCCAGGGCCUUCUUCCUAGGAGCCAUUACAAAGAGCUGAACUCUAAAGCCAAAUAUGAGAUUCACACAGAGUAUAGGACCUGUAACUUAAUGCUGAUUUUCUGGGAAGCUUCUUGUUUGCUACUUCUAGUGGUUGUUGUCUUUCCCCUCACCCUACUACCUCUGGUGGCUUUCCCAAAAGAUUCGAAAGCUGAAUUUCCAGAUACCUUUAUGUCUUUCAAUUACCUUGAGUCUUGUUUUCCUUUACUGUACUCUGUCUGCCUGGAAUUUUUAGAACAUCUUCUGCAUCAUCACUAUGGCCCUCAAAUGCCCAGUGGUAUUCCCAUUAGCAGAGGCAGAUUUAGGGCAGAGAUCGUAUGGUCAGAGGUAACACUGAGGCUGGAAAUAUUCAUUUAAUGUUUGCAACAGGUGGACCUAGUCCCAAACAACCAAGCAAACUGUAGAAUUUCUACCAGUCAUUGAUGAGCACAACACUGAACAUCUUUCUUACUCCUAACACUCAACCUCUCUCCUCCCCUUGAUUAUCAUAACAUCAGCUCUCUCUCCCACCCAGGCACAUACUACAACGUUUGCUGCCUUUGGCACCUACUCUGGCCGUACUGGAAGAAGAGAGGCUGAAGGGCCCUCCAGGGAGACUUCUAGACAACCUACUACUGCCACUAUUGCUAGUGCGAAUAAUAAUGAUAACCAUUUUUGAAGGUGGAUUACAGGUGGGGUUCAGUGAAAUGGAGUUGGCCCCAGGAGGUCAGCUUCCAAUUUCAAAUUGUUUCUAGCCCUUUGUUUCCUCUGAUUCAAACCAAUAGGAGCAGGUGGCUCUGCUGGACUGACUUCAGUCUAGUCAGGAGGGGGAGCCAUCCCAGGUAGGUUAACUGGGAAGCUAAAAGUGCUUUGCACUUGGUGAGUAUCCAUUCCAUAUUUGUGGUUCAGAUGUUGAGGGUAGAGAACGUCAUUGGGGUCUCCUUUCCUUUGCCUGCGUCAGUCUCUCACCUGGGCCUCCCACCUGGCCCUAACUUGCCCCUCAGCCCCAACUCUCCUGUAAACUGCAUCCCUAACUGACAGCUCACCCUUUGGGAAGCAGAAUAGUUCAGGUUAGCUUAAUGACCACAAAUCGACUUGUUGAUUUAGAGACAUCACCUUGAAUGUACAAAGACAGAGGAGAUUCUACAAGGCUCUUACAACAAGCAUUUCAGCAGACAUCCAUUUCCACUCUAAACAACAAGCAUUGGCUUGUGAUCCCACUAUACCUAUGAGUGUGAGCGGGUCUGUCCACGCACCAGCCCUCUGCCUCAUACACGAACUAGUCCUUAAAGAGACAGUUCCAUGGUCAAGGCUCUGUUCCCCUCCAGUGCAGCCUCCCAUCACCACCGAGUCUACAACAGAGUGGUAGGCUUUCACUUUGAUUUGUCAGGGCCAGGACUAGAAUGAAGCGAGGGAGGUACGUGGGGUAUAAAAUUUAAGGAGGAACCCACGUGCUCUUGAGGUCAUGCAAGUGCCUUCCCCUCAUCCUGGCCCUGUGCUUUGCACUCUUCUGAAGUGAUAUCAGUUUAUCUGCUUCCAGCAAUUAAGUGUGGUUUCUUUGAUUUAGGGGCUAACUACCUAUCUGGUGUCACACCAGACAUUUUAUUGCUAACUUGUUUUCCAUUGCUAUAAAGCUUUUUGGCCUAUAUAUCAAAGAAUCUUCAGUAGUACUAGAAAACAUGCUUGAUUUCUAAGUAACCUGGUCCAAGUGGCAAGUUAGCACCCAUUUCAGUAAAGAUGUGGACAAAGACAGCUAUUCAGCAAAAUAGUGAAUGAACUGGGAUCCUUGGUCUCCCUUUCUAGUCCAUUCUCCCCAGACCUUGCUUCCCAGCACCAACUCUCCUGAGUGCCUCCUAAUUUGUUCUUCUGCUCACUAAGAAAAGCAUGCUCUCAGGAAAGGGAUAAAUUCCUUUACUUUGAGAUUAUAAGGCUUAAUGCUAUCUCUUUUGAGGGUUGCUUGCAUUUUAACAGGGGAAAAGCCUUAAACCAAGGGAAUGAAGUUCUUCUUGUAGAUUUUUAGGCAUCAAUUAGUUUCAGACAUGUAUUUUUCACCAUGGAAAGGCUAAAUUCCCUGAAAGCUAACUCCAGAAUAUAGAAAAUACCUUAAUGUGCUGAAAUUAUUUUAGUAAAUUGCCAAGGGUCUAUUAAAUUGUCCUGCUAUCUAGUGCCAUUCAAUGUGGUUACUACCAAGGGACUCUCAGAAAUGGCCACUGAAAGCCACUGAGAAGUCCUAGAUAAUUCAUAUUGUACAUUAAUAUUUUUACAUAAAUGGAAUUAAUACUACUUAUUGUUUGAGUAAAAGAACAUAAAGAUUUAAAGUUUGUGAAAAUGUGUCCUGUUUGUCAAAGGUGAAACUGUCCAAUCAAUGUCCUAUCAAUGUCAGCUGUCUGGUAUUGGUGGUGAUUAUUAAACUUAUUGGAGGUACAGCUUCACUGAACAUAAGCAAGCCUCUGCUUUCCCCACCACCCUUAUCUAUGUUUGGUGCUAUCACUUCAGCAUAGUGUGAGAAUAAGACCAGAUCCAUAUAGCAGAACACCCAGUCCCUCCAAAGCCUUUGUGUGUAUUUCAGCUCUAAGGGACUAAGAUAACUAGGGAUUUGAAAGGACAAGAGGGUGGGAAAGAGGUACAAAGAGUUGCCUUUGUCAAAGGGCAGCAAAAAUUAUCAUGAAUUAAACAAUGACUUGAAAUAAAAAUUUAGAAUACUCUGAAAGAGCUGUACAGAGGAAUACAGUGAUAAUUGGCCAUGGACACACAUUUGAGGCACUUGAGUAAGUUUGGCAAAAAUAGAUUUGCAUAAGUAAUGGAUUAUGUGAAAUAGGUGUGUACUUUGUUCAGUAAAGCCCAGAAUCUAGGCCAGUGACUUUCAAAGUGUGGUCGCAGGAGCACCAGCAGCAGCUUCUCUGGAGUGGAUGUGCGUGUGUGUGUUUCCAGUGAUGUUUCUUCUUCAGAUCUCUGACUCACUGUAACCAGGAUUCUCCAACUGAUUCCAACCUUUCCCAUCAUGUCUGCUGUCAUCAUUACAGUGAUCAGUCUCUGGCCAAGUGAUGUAUAUUGUCAUGGUCAGAUAUGUUUGCUUGGUGUUAAGAAACUCUCACUAAAUCAACUACUUGCUCAACCUGAAAAACCUUUGAUUUGGCUUAGCCAGCACAUCUGGCCUGUGUUUUGUUUUUAAAAAGUUUUGUUUUAAUUCACAAAUAGGAAAAAGGAAAAGGUGUUAACGUUUUGUUUGGUAUUGCCAACCCUUAAAUACCUGUCUUAACCAUGGCGGCCACUCUCCAGGAAGGCUCUGGCAGAAGUAAAUUUGAUUGUAAGAUUUCGCCCAAUCAUCUGACAUCAUCAAAUCCACAAACAAAAUCUGAACUGGAACAAGCAGUUAACCCCUCUCAGCCUCUCUUUAAUGCCAAGCUUUAUAGAAAUGUGUUCCUUAUCUGGUAUUGAGCUUUUUUUUAAUGUCCAAUUUUAUAAAAUGUUAUGCAUGCAAACACAGCAUUGUGCUCAUUGUACAAGUCCCCUCAGCCUCAUUUCCUCCUCUGUAUAUAUGGUGGUGAAGAGAUAUCAAUCUGUAUGUUCUUCCCUCUCCUGAUCAAUUACAAAGUACAAACCUUUUCAUUAAUUUUUAAAGGAGAUAUAUUUACUCUGGCUAGUAGUUAAAAUUUAACUCUUUUUAUUAUAUUUCAUUGCUACUUUUUUCUACUGGCUGCAAAGCUUACUUUGGGGGAUAUUUCUUAUUCCUGGGUUGUUGUAUUUAUCUUAUUUCUGUAUUUAUCUGUAGUCACAGAAUAUUAGAGGUGGAAGGGACCAACCUCUCAUUUUACAGAUGAGGAAACUGAGGCCCAGAAAGGUCAAAUACCUUACACAGGUCAUGCAGUGGCAGGGCCAGGCCUUAAUUCCGGGUCUCCUGCCUCUGGACCCAGUGUUUUUUCUAUUUAAACCACUGCUUUUAUAGAAGACCCAUAGCUGGCUUUUACUUUUAUGACGUAUGAAUUUCCCAAGUAUUUCAGUGAACUACAUUUAAUAACAUAUAUGCUUUGAAAACAAAUCCUACCAUUUGCAAAAACAUGGAUGGAGCUAGAGGGUAAUAAUAUAUAUGCUUUGAGGAAAAAUGCUCAAGGGUUCUUUAGUUCAUGAAUUAAAAGACAAAUCUGAUUUUCAGUUUACAAAUACUCAUUUCCCUCCAAAUUCAACAUAUGUACCCUACUUUCCACAACAGAUGAUUUCUCUUAAAGUCAUUUGAAAAAUGAAUUUUUACAGAUUAGAUUCCAUUUUUUAGUAGAAAAGCUUCCUAUGUAAGGGAAUCUGCUGGUGACUUCUUCUGAAAAAUGAAGAAUCCUCUUGUCAAUAUCCCCUGAUAUCUCACUUUAUUUUUUAGUGUAAAAUUUUGUAAUUGGUGUUUGUGCAAAGUAGGGCAAAUCAAUAUAGGCUUUCCUAGAAUCUGCUUUAUCCUUCCCUUCUUAAACUUAUUUUCAGACUGUUACAUGCUCAUGAGAUACUUAGUUGUGUUCUAGAACUUCAUUUAACUUGAUAUUUUGUCAGUCCCUGGGCUCAAACUCUAUCUCUAUCUUAUCAAAUAACAGAAUUCCCUAAAUAGUUCUGAGCUCUGCAUGCAGUCUUUUUUCCAGGACAUUCUUUGCUUAAUACUCCUUUGGGUGACUCUCUCUUUAGCUGUUCUUGAGCCCCCUGGUUCCUGCAGAGCUCACUGCUGUGUGGAGUUGCAGGCAGUGCCACGUUAGGGCUGUGCUAGUCACAGGGAGUGGUAUUCCUAGUGAUUUCCACUGUUCCCCUGCUUCUCCCAGACCCCCUCUGGCUUCCCUUUUCAGGAAUUCUCAGAGACUGGUGGGAUUUCUACCACCACCCCCUUCUAGACUUGGGGUUGACAAACUUUUUUCUGUAAAGGGCCAGAUAGUAACUAUCUUAGGCUUUGGGGGUCACACAUGGUCUCUGUAGCAUGUUCUUCUUUGUUGUUUGCUUGUUUACUUGACAAUAUUUUAAAAAUGUAAAUGCCAUUCUUAGCUCUUGGGUCAUACAGAACCGCAGGCUGCAUUCAGCCCACUUGUCAUAGCUUACCCCUGGUCCAGACUGUUUUCUGGGACAGACAUUUCUGUGACCAGCUGCAUAUGACAAUUGGGUUGUGUACUGGAUGACGUAGCUCACUGCGCUUCCAUCCACUGCACUGUCAGACCAGCCUGCACAGAGGUGGGAGGACAGGAGCAGCAUAUGCCAACCAUUACUCUUUGGUAGGUUGCCCUUCCUGCUGGAUUCUCUCUCUAUCUUUCACUGACUACUGACUACCUCAGUGUAGAAAGCCUCAUUCUUUUUUCCAGCUCUCUUGUCCUAGUUAUCCAAUGUGCCUCUGCCUUCCUGGGUCAAGCUGGCAGGGAAGAAUGAAUUUUGGAGUUUUCUUAUUUCUUUUAUCCCAUCGUUACUCCCCCAAACUAUGGUCGGGGGGCCCUGCUCUGGGGUCAUCUGUCCCACCCUGCCCCAUACUGCCAUCACCAGUUUAGGGCUGUCCCUGGGAAGUCUGAUGGCCCAGGCCAAUGAGAUUCCAGUCUAGUCUACAAUUGCCCAGUGUAAUCACCAGCUCUCUUGGUUCCAGUGGCUGGUUUUAAAAUCCAGAAUACCCAUGUGUCCAUUUUCUUAGGCAAUUUGGACCUGUUCUAGACUCAACCCCAGCAAGAAAAUCAAGACGUACAGAAGAUAUUGUGUGCCAUCAUUUUUCCCUGCCUCAACCCCCUGCCUCCUGGGCCCCCAGGCCCCAGGAUGGACUCUUUGGGACGCCCCAUGUAGCACCACAACCAGAGGCAUUCAGCACACCACUGCCUGCUGUUCCUUGAACCUCUAAAAGGAUUCCCUAAAGCUUCUUCACAUCUAUCUCUCCAUCUGGCUCCCAUCUCUACCUCUCAGGCUCAGAUUCACAUUUUCACAUUUGCUCGUGUAAACAUUGGUGGCUGUGAGUGAAUGAGCAGGUAUGUGCCUGGGUAUGCGAGCAUGGGUUCUCCACCUGGACUGUGGAGGCACCGCUGACUAAUGUGUCUCACACACGCACGCGCACACACACACACACACACACACACACCACCCAGUGCUCUCAUUAAUUCUCUGGUCCACGGCCAGGUCUGAUGGGGCUGGUCAAGGAGAAGGGAUGGUGGGGGCUCCUGAGGCACUUCUUUCUUCUUGUCUUUUGAAAUCUUCUUUCCAUGGGCUGGUGCUGGUUUCUCCCAGGAAGCCAUUUGAAGAAGCUCCCCUGUGGCAAUUCUGCACAGCCUGGCAUAACAGACAGCUAGCACUUUAAUUUGCUUCGGACAUGCUUCUCAGGUUGCAGUUUUUCCUGUCUAAGCAAAUUGCUUCUUAGUACCUUUCUCUUACUUUCCAUCAUUUGAGCCCAGGGAUCUACCCACUUACUGAAAUCUAAAUUUUAAAAAGUCAGAGACACGAGUAACUUUCACUAUUUCCCUAUUUAGAAGUAUCCACGAGACACUUCCUUUCUGCCUUUUGUUUAGGAUUUCCAGACUUAGGAAAGGAACCAGGCUCAUGCCUUGAAGUCUAAAAGCAGCUAAAGUACGGCACUCACCAAAAGCAAGGUGAAGAAGGAGGAUUGGCUGGUCCUACUAUGCGUAGUCAGGAGAUGGACUUUUGUUAUGUUCAGUGUUCAGAGGGCUUUAUGUUACCAUUCAGUGCUUACUGAGCGCCAAUGAUGCACUUGAGAAAAAAAGGGAGGCAGGACUUUGCAGACCCAUGUCCUAAACUAGAAGGCAGAGAUAAGGCAGUUCUCCCAGUGAUAGGAAUGUGUCCUUUUUUUCUUUUUUUUAAAAAGUAUUCCUUACUGGCUUGUUACCAGCAAUUGAACUGUAUUCUUUAUAUAGCUAAAGCUGUUUGUGUCUUCUUAAAAUAAACUUUUUCUG